UUUCCGGUAACAGCCCCGCCACCGCUGUGCCUGACUGAACGGCUGGAGACACAGAGGGAGGAAGACAAAUCGAGAGCGGCAAGAGUGGGGGAGAAACGGCCCGGGGGACUGGGGAAUGGUCGCCGCAGACGCAGGGGGAAGGAACAGAAGAAAGUCGGAUGAAUCAAUGACCUUUUGAGCGGUCCUCCUGUGGAUACCCCGGUAUUGAGGCGGACUCGGAAGGCUCCGAAUUGCCGCCGCCGGUUAGCGAGGAAAAUCGGCGUGCUUCGAAAUUCACCGAGGGGGAAUAAGCUAAGUGUGGACAGCCGGCGGCCAAGAAGGAAGUGGGAUCCCCCGGCUUGGCCUGGGCCUGAUUCAUAUUGUCCUCUUUAGGCUGAAAGAACUCCUCAAACCAGGCUCUGCUCGGUCACCUGGGAGGGAAAAAAAGGAUCUUGUAAGCAGAGUCGACCCAUAUUUUUGCUGGUUUUGGGAGGGAGCGUGUGGUCUAAGUCGACUUUCAAAGAAGGGAAUGUCAGUUUUUCUUCUCACGUUGGAGGGCAGUGGAUCAUGAAAAUAUAUCCCCACCCAAAUCUACAAAAGCACCACAUAAAGUCCCUCUGAUUCCUCAGGCCAGAUUACCUCAAUCCAGCUAAUUGUACUGUAAACGCUGCUGCCAGCUCUCAGACUUUUUGACACUUGUGUCAACUCACUGUUGUCACGUGUGUAGCUUCGCGUUGAACCCGGGCCUUCUCUGUUGUCCUGAAAACAAACUUGGCUCUCAUUAGGAGUUCCCCUUCUUCUUCCAACAAAGUAUUUAUGCACGGUAAACACGAUGGGGAAGAUGCUGUCAAAGAUCUUUGGCAACAAGGAGAUGAGAAUAUUGAUGCUUGGACUUGACGCUGCCGGGAAAACCACCAUCCUGUACAAGCUGAAACUGGGACAGUCGGUCACCACCAUCCCCACGGUGGGGUUCAACGUGGAAACCGUCACCUACAAGAACGUCAAGUUCAACGUGUGGGACGUGGGCGGCCAGGACAAGAUCCGGCCCCUCUGGAGACAUUACUACACGGGCACGCAGGGCCUGAUCUUUGUGGUGGACUGCGCCGACAGGGACCGGAUCGACGAGGCCAGGCAGGAGCUCCACCGGAUCAUCAACGACCGGGAGAUGAGGGACGCCAUCAUCCUGAUCUUCGCCAACAAGCAGGACCUGCCGGACGCCAUGAAGCCCCACGAGAUCCAGGAGAAGCUGGGCCUGACCCGGAUCCGGGAUAGGAAUUGGUACGUUCAGCCCUCGUGCGCGACGACAGGGGAUGGACUAUAUGAGGGCCUGACCUGGCUUACCUCAAAUUACAAAUCCUAAUGUUUCCUCCCACCCACCAGCUUGGACGUUUCGAGACACACACACACACACACACCCACACACGCCCUCACACACACACGCACACAAAAGUAGCAGAGAAUUAAAAAAAAUAAAUAAAAAAAAACAAGGAUGCAAUUUGAAGCUAUUAAUUCAAUUCAAUGAUUUCUUUGCUUAAUGUGUAUUAAAGAGAGACGUAAUUUACUUAUUGGUUUAUUUUUCUUUACGAUAAGUAUUUCACUUUAAUCCCAAAUUUUCAGUUAAUCAAAAAACAAGUGUUUUUCUUUUGUUUUUUUUUAGUUUUCUUUAGUUCUCGAUCUGUGUAAUCAGUUCUGUUAAUCUACACAUCUUACUUUAGUGCUUUUUGCUGCAUUUUGCUUUUGUUUCCCCAUUAUUGUAUCGUUUCUUUUAAAGGGGGGAACUCACCUGAAAGGUGCCGCUGCCCCCCCCCCCCCCCCCCCCCCCCCCCCCCACCUCCUGCUUAGUUCUCGUCCUGCGCUCUCACAACCCAGCUACAUAUCCAAAGGAUGGGGGGGAAAAGCCCAGAAACCGUUUCCUAGAUCAGCAUAUCACUUUUGAAAACUCUGGGGGGGAAAAAAACAAAAAUGCCUCCGUUUUCUGUCAGAAUGUGUACUAUGGGUGUGUUAUUAGGACCUUUUAAAAAGUUCAACUGAUUGUACUGGGACGAAUGAGAUGUGGAAGCUCCUCUCUCCUGUGCAGUGGUUCUCCUGGAUUUUCACACUGUGAUACGGAUAUAUACAUAUAAAUUGUUUUGGGUUUUUUUGGGGGGGCAGGGGGGAAGUUGUUUCAGGGCCAGAAUCUGUUACCAACCAGUCUCUCGCCAUCUCCACUCUCGUUUCUCUCAGAGCUUCCAUUGAGUGUUUUUGUAGUUUUCAGCUGCCUUAGGCCGGACCAGGGUUCCAGGUGUCCCCCUCCUCUCCUCCCCGAAACUGAGACAGUCGCAAUGGCGAAGGGUAUUCUCAGCCGCUGAGUUUGCACUUUGAAUGGGAGAAGGGAGGGGGGGGGGGUUGAGCAACUUGCUGGUGGUGCAUACUUUCUUUUUUUUUUUGGAUUUUCUUGAACUGACUUUUGGACUCCAGCGAGGUUUACAAAGUUCCCAACCCAAAACAGGUGCUUUUUUUUUGGUUGUUUUCUGUUUUAAACAUCACCAGCCCGUUUGAAGUCCUGCAGUCAAUUCUGUUAAAAGUUUAUUGCUGUUUAAUUCUCCCCCCUCCCCCAGUACCUUUUUUUCUUAUGCUAUGCUGUUGAAAUAAUAAAAGAAAUAUAUAUCCAGAUCAAUAUGGAAGUGGUGCCUUUUCAAUGACCGGUUGCUACUUAUUACAAAAAGAGAAAGAGAGAGAGAGAGAGAAAAAAAAAAAGCAAUAUUUCCCUUCUGAAAAAGGUUGAGCUCAUAAAAGAGGAAAUGAGAGCUUAGGGCGUUGCGAUAGUUGAAAGAAGGACAAACCGAAGAGAAGUGAGCCUCGGCUUGUUUCCUUUCUGCUCCUGUGAGUCAUUUGUUGUGAAUAAAUGAUGAGAGCUCUAGUUUCCGAGUAGUGAUUGCGAGGUAACGCGUGCUCCCGUCAAAAGGUCUCCGAGUAUCACUUCGUCCGGUCCGGUCCGGUCCGGUCCGGGGCUGGCAGACUCUCUCGCAGCGGUUCUCGUGUUUUCUUUUCUACAGAUUUCAUUACCAAGACAGAGUCGCCGCCAAAAAGCGCACGCACAGCCGAGAGGAAAUCACAUGAUGAUGAUGAUGAUGAAGUUUAUUCAUCACCGUCCUGCCGCUUCGCCUCUCAGUAAGCCACUGAUCCUGAGGCGCAGACCUGAAGUCGGGUUAUACUAUUUCAAAAGCCAUUCAGUCUUUGCUUUCCUCCGCCUGCUUAACAUUUGAUAUCUCCGCUUGGAGCGUUAUGUGUCACCCAUGCCAUUCAAACAUAAGGAAUAAAGUUGCUUGUGAAAAAUGCCGUCUUAAGGAAGAGGGCAUGGCAUGAAAGCCAGGAAAGUUUUUUUUUUAACAAAGCUGAUUGUUGGCACUGAGAUCUGAGAGUCACCACGAGGACAGGUGAAAUCCUAUGAAGUGUUUUGCUUUGUGUAUGUGACUUCGUCUCGUAUUAAAAAAAAAAACCUUCCAAAGACUUUAAAAAAUAAAAAAAAAAGUCCAUGGAUUCCUGUUCAGGAAUGCUUGCUUUGUUUGUGUCUCUCUCUGCUGCUCUGUUUGCUUUUGUUGUGUUUGCUCUGCAGCUGUCGAUGUGAAGCUUGACCGAAAGCAAAGCGCCACUCCGCAUGUGUCCGGCUUGAAGGACGGAGCUUGUUCACGCGAGAUAGUCACACAAAUGAGACGAGGGGCCCCCGUUAUCUCUCACGAAACCGCCAUCGCCUCUUCUAAGUAGAAUCACCAGACACAAAAAUGUCCUGUCCUUUUUGUUUCUUUCUUGUCAGAGCAGUUGGGUGCCAAAAGAAGUGUCAAGCAUAUAUCCCUUGUUUUACGACACUUUUCUUUUCUUUUUGUUUUGUUUGUUUGGUUUUUUUUUUUCCAUUCACGAUCCUUUUUGGGUUUUUGAAUGUGGAAACUUUGACCGAAAACGUGGCUCAGAAGGGGGAACCUGUGAGAGGAAAUGUGUAAAAGGGAGAGGAGUUUGAAACUACUCCUGAUGUUGCGUCAGCGCCGGGUCCGGUGAAUCACGCUGCGUUGUGUCACAGGCCUUUUGUACCGCUGCCAAUGUGCUCACCGGCACAUGCUCUAUUGUCAAACCCUGUCAGGCUCACCUGUGGCCCCUCUGUUUAAACAAUAUAAUUAAAUGGACAUUUUCUACUUU